GUGAUUGGUAACGAGCUGAGUGAGACAAGUGAUUGAAAAAUGGCAUCCGCGACGACGUCGCACAAUGAGGUUUCGCAGGAAUUUUCUGUCAAUAAACUUAUUCGUGUCGGUUAUUACGAAUUGGAAAAAACUAUUGGCAAGGGAAAUUUUGCUGUUGUCAAAAUGGCUACCCAUGUUGUAACUAAAUCCAAGGUUGCUAUUAAAAUUAUAGAUAAGACGAAGUUAAAUGAAGAAACUUUGGCUAAAAUUUUUCGCGAAGUACAUAUAAUGAAACGAUUAAGACAUCCACAUAUUAUAAGAUUAUAUCAAGUUAUGGAAACAGAAAAGAUGAUAUAUUUGGUUACUGAAUAUGCUCCUGGAGGGGAGAUAUUUGAUCAUCUUGUAAGAAAUGGAAGAAUGCCAGAACCAGAGGCAAGACGAAUUUUUCGUCAGAUUGUUCUUGCUGUUCGUUAUCUUCAUCAACAAAGGGUUGUUCAUAGAGAUCUUAAGGCUGAGAAUUUACUACUUGAUGCAGACAAUAAUAUAAAACUUGCAGAUUUUGGGUUUAGUAAUGAAUAUACUCCAGGUGUUCCACUUAGCACUUGGUGUGGUUCACCACCAUAUGCUGCUCCAGAAAUUUUUGAAGGAAAGCAUUAUGAUGGUCCACGGGCUGAUGUGUGGAGUCUUGGUGUUGUCCUGUAUGUAUUGGUUUGUGGUGCAUUGCCCUUUGAUGGUCCCACAAUGCAGGUACUACGCUCUGUAGUAAUCUCAGGGAAAUUCAGAAUACCAUUUUUUAUGUCUGCAGAAUGUGAAAAGCUAAUUAGACAUAUGUUGGUAGUAGAACCAGAACGGCGUUUAAGUAUUUUACAAAUUUUAGCACAUUCUUGGAUGGGUGGAGAUGGUACAACAGAACCUGAACCAGGAGGGUGUAGCCCUGAAAAUGUGCCACCACAAUUAAAUCAGAUAGUAAUAGACAAUAUGUUGAAAUUACCUGGGCUUACAGCAGAAACAUUAUUAAGUGCAGUCCAAGGAAAUGCUUUUGAUCAUGUAUCAGCAAUAUAUAAUCUUCUCGUUGAUCGAUUAGAAUCAACAAUGUCUAGUUUACCCAGUAUACAAAGUAUAACUGGAGAUUAUGCUCAUGAUGGAGCACACCAAUUAGAAAAAUUCGGCGAUACAGAAGCAGAAACAGAAGAAAGAAGUGGAAUGCAGCUUUCACCUGGCACACCUUAUCACACAACAAGAAGACAUACAGUUGGACCUGGUGAUACAGCGCAUCAGCCAUCAACACAAUAUCCAUAUAACUAUAAUCAUACAUCAGGCGAUCCGGCAUUACGACUCCUUCCUAUACUACAGUGUAAUAACACUGAUCCUCAGGUGUUACCUCAUACAAAUCUGCCACUAAAUCUUCCUUUAGUUCAACAUCAACCUCCUCAAAACUUUCAAAUCAAAGAUCAACAUUUAUUGAAACCACCCCCUGUGAUGGGAGCAACGGGAGGUUUCGGAAGAAGAGCUUCAGAUGGUGGAGCUAAUCUUCAUGUCUUCUACCAGCAACAUGGCAGUAAUUCUAGUGGUGAAGAUGGAGGAUGGAGUCAACCUGGGAGUAGAGAACAUUUACAACCUAUACAAAGUGGAAGUCCAACGCUUGUACCGUGUACUCAGUCGUUAAAUGUGGGAGUUAAUACUGGAAAUGGAGAUGCGAAUGGCAAUAACAGUGGAAGUGGUAGUGGUGGUAGUGAUAGAAGAAGACGAAGUGGUCUUACUGCCGUCAUGCAAAGACCAGUUAUAAACCCGGAAAUGGUAAUGGAGGUGGAAGCUAGGAUGAAUAGAGCUUACCUUCCAUCACGGCUCUUACCAACUCACCUUAGAGGAUCAACACUUCCACAUCAUAGGAAGACUUCCUUGUAUCAUACUAGCACUGUAGGUAAUAGAGAUUCAUACAAAGAACCAAGUACUCACGUUUCUACAGAACGAUACUCGCCUGUUCGGAGAGCGUCAGAAGGUUCCGGUCCACCUGGCCCUGGAAUUCAAGCACUUCAACAAGAGUAUCAACAGCUGCAGAGGUUAGCAUCACCAUCACAUAGUCCUGCAAGUAUUCCUGGAUCUCCUGUACAUGAAAGAGGGGUGGCUGCAAUCACACAAGGGUUAAGUGGAUUGACCACAGCAGUCCAGGGCAGUAUAGUUCAUGGUACUCCAACGCAACCACCAGCAACACCAUUAGAUUUGAGUCCAUUGAGACAUCAUAGAUCACCAGCUACUACGCCAGUCAGUUAUUCACCUAGUAAUAGUCCAGCUUUAGAUAUGAUUCAAGAAGAGCAUCCUGUAGAAAUAUCAAGAGUACCGCCUCAAAUAUCUGUAACAGAUCUUGGAGGACAAGUGACACUUAUCAGUUGUUCACCAUCGCCAUCACCAUCCCCUGAUUCGCUGGAGGAUACGUUACCUCAUUAUAGUCCACUUCCCAGUUUUAUGAUCUCCGAGCCGUGUGAUACGACGAGACCGAGCAUCACACGUGGUAUUGGUAGGCCAUUAAAUACAUCAAUACCUACGGAAGUUGAAGUUACUUUAUCAGAUGAAUCGAGUAGGUUGAAUUCUGAAGCUAUAUUAGGCCGUGUGAAACAAAUAAUAGAUGCAAGAGCCCCUCCAAAAGGAUUUAUCUUCUCUAGAGAAGAAGUGAAGGGUAGUGGGCUUAGUUUAGAAUACCCAGGUGGUGUUCAAAUUGAACUUAGAGUAUGUGAAUCUGAGGAGAAAGAAGUAAAAGGCAUUAAAAUGCGAAGAAUUAGUGGGGACCAAUUACAGUACAGUCAACUUUGUCAACAGCUGAUCUCGUGCAUUACCGUUUGACGACAACCAGCAUAUAAUAUAAUGUUUUUCUUAUACGUUACGUUACAUUCCUGGUGCCACACACCACUCAUUACAGUAUUGCACAUGCAUGCUGCAUAUGUACGAGAAAGUACUUGAAGCAUACCAUUCUUUAUAUUAAUACAUUCAUAUACAUGUAUAAAAUUCAGUGUGCUUCACUUUUGAAUGUUUCUUUUUUUUUUCAUUUUUUUUUUUUUCAUUUGAUUUAUAGAUUAAAAAGAAAAGAAUUCACGUUAACUUAUGCAUAAUAUGAAGUUAGAAAAGAAAAGUUACGAUAAUCUUUUAAAGUCUUGGUAUUAAGACUUUAAAAGAUAUAUACAAAUAUACAUAUAUACUUUUAUGUAAGCAGGACGUACGGUUUUGCUGUUUUUAAACGAUUUAAGUAUUAACAAAACAAGACGAUUUUCAUAAAAGUUUAAUUGUUAAUGUACAUCACAUACCAUUCCUUUUUGUAGAAUGUUUGUCUUCGUGUUAGAAGUUCGUAGAUAGUAAAUUCAUAUUCUACUGUUUUUAAUAAUCAGCAGGUGCCCUUUCGUUUAGUUUAGGCAAAAAGGAAAACGUCUUUUGUACCGGAUUAGAUGGCAAAAUGUAAACGGUGAUCCGUGUCUUUCUAAAAUAACGGAAAUAUUUUAUAUCGAUUUUACAACGUUUAUUUUAUUGUCAAACGGUUUUAAUUCCUUGACACAUAUUCCAUGUCUGUAAAUAUUCGUUUUAUAAUGAUCGCAACCUUUUUCUUUUAUGUUAUUGGAACUGGAAAGAAUUGCCUUCUUGUUUCUGGUACAAAUAUCAUUUUGUUGGAUAAUAGGUAGAAGUAUAUAUAUGUAAUCUUUUAUAUAGUGCAAAUACUUUAUUGUGGUUUGUAGUUAAAAAAACUACAUAGACUGAGUUAUGAUUGUAUAUCUUUCUUUUUUAAAAUCGGACAUUGCGUUUACUGCAAUUCAUAAGCGAAUGAUAUUUGCUUAAUAUCAUAAUCAACGAUUUUAUUAAUUUUUAAAACUAAAAGGAAAAAAUCGAUGUAGGAGAAGUAUACUUUCCGCUUGUUGUGCUUGUAAAGCAUUUUAAAUCAUUUAAAAAGGAAAGUAUGCAACCUAGCUCUCCUUGUGUAACCAAAGAGUUGAGUUGCUUUUAUACUGUUAAAUACGAAAGGUAUUUUUUAUUGUCCGUAUUCUAAAAAAUAAUAUGUGAACAUCCAUAGUAAAUGACUAGUUAUCAUAAAAUGAAACUGUAAUUAGGUUGAAUCAUAUUAUUAUUAAUUAUAUAUUACAAUGAUUAGGUAAAAGACAUUAUAUUAGUGUCGGCGUAUGAAAAGAGCUAGAAGUUUUAACUGAUUUAACAUCAAAUAUUUUUCGAAAUUUAUUUGUUUAUGAAUUAAGCAAAAAAAUAUACAAAGAAAUAUUUCUUGUUUAUAGUACAAGUUGCAAUGAUUGUUUUACAGAAUACAACUUGUAUAUUUUAUUUUAUCUGUCUUAUUUUGUUACUAUAUGUAUUUGAUUUUCUUUUUUCGAAGAAAAUACAUAUUUUAGUGAUUGAUGUUUUUACUCUCGUAUUAGAUUUAAUAAUCUAAUGUUUAAACAUAGCAUUCUUAAAUUAAUGUUAUUUUCUGAUAUGUAUAAAUAUAAAAGAGCAAACAAAUACAAGUUGUAUUCUGCGAAUAAUAUUCAGCAGCAUGGUAGUUCUUGUACUAAUAUACAUUUUCUUUUUGAGUAUUCCAAUUUAGAUCAUGGGUUAAUUUAAGUUUUUUGGAAGUAACAAUACUUCUAUAUUUAUGUAAAUAACGAAAUUUAGUGUAAAUACAUGAUAUAUACUGUUUAGAAAUUUCUAAAUUACACAGAUAUAUAUAUAUAUAUAUGUACAUGUAUAUAUAUUAUAUAUGUAUAUAUAUAUUAUACAGGCUAUUCUAUUUGAGCUAACUAUUUUUAAUACUCUAGUUCACUGAAUCUUUGUUAAAACAAAUGUUUUCACAACAUAUUUUAUUAUCAAAUUUCCUAUGGGAAUAUGUACAUAUAAACUAUAUAUUUAAUGAGAAUCACAGUUCAGUUUAAAAAAUGAAAAAAGAAUUAACAAAAAACCAAAAUGAUAUUUGCAUCAUUUAAAUCAAACUAUGAAUUUCCGUGCUUUCUAAUUAUAUGAACUAAUUAAUUUCAUUAGUUAGCCAAGUGAGAGUAGCCUUUUAAAACUAUACAAUGCCCAAUUUCCACCAAACAAUUAAUUGUUUAUUAAUUAAUUUAUUAUUUUGAAGCUUUCUUCUAUAAUGAAUAUACCACUAAAUAUUGUAAUAUACUUUAAUAAUUUCUUAAAAAAUUAUUUAUUGUGUAAUACAUACUGUAAUGUAUUCUGUUAUAGAUCAUUAUAAAAAAAUAUUGCUUUUGAACGUUUGGCAAAUAAUAUUUUGAUUAAUCUUUAGAAACAUUUUAUGCAUUACAGUACUAGUUUGGGUCUUCCUUAUAAAUUGUAAUUUAUUUUACAGUUCUGAAAUAUGUAAUCUGAUAUUUAUGUAUAAAUCUAAUCACAAAAUAUGCUUAUUAUGCAAGUUAUAAAGCCCUAUUGACAUGAAAGCUGUUACAAAAUUAUAUUUGAAAUUUUUUAAUUAUAUUAAAUGUUAUCAAUAAUAUUAUUUCAUUUUCUUUUAAAAAGUGAAAUGUAUAUAACAGAAGUACUAAAUGAUUUGACAUUUAAUUAUUGAGCAUACGCUUAUUUUAAUAAUAUUUUUGUGACAUGUUUGAGUAUGCCCUUAAAACAAUUAUGUAUUGAUGGAAAAUGGGUUAAAUACUACUAUCAACUACGCACAACAGUGCAUACCAAUGGAAAGUUUAGAUCGACAUAAUUCAAAUUAUUGUAAAUAACACUAUACAUAAUUAUUCAUUUAGGAUACAUACAGUGUGUAUGUAUGCAGAAACAAAACUAUGUACAUUGUAAACAUUUACUAUAUGGAUAGGAUACAGAUAGUAUUUUCUGCUGUCAAUUCUUCAACUAAGACUGUGAUUUCUAAAUAUACUAAUGGCUAGGUAGAUACAAUACAUAUUGAUUGAAUAUGAUAAAAUAAAAAAAUAUUCAAGA